ACCUUCAACAAGCAGGAAGAACACACAACUUGUACUUUACUCAGGCAGGAAGUUCCUCUUUGUUCACUUCAUACUUGAUAGAAUGUUACCAAAAAAAACACGUGUGUUUAUCCACAGUCCCACGACUUCAGUCACUUUGAGCUGAAUCUCUGUGCUUCAAACUUUAGUCUCUCUCUGUUUCCUGAUCGCUUCCUCUGUUUCCUCUUGGUGCAUCAAGUUAAACGUGUUCAACGGUGACCCUGCUGGAGGCUUUUAGUGUGAGUCAUCUAAAUGAGACGCUACAUGUUUGUCACCAAGUAAGCAGAGCGUUGUUAGCGUGCUGCUCUUUAUUCACAGCAUGUGGACACAUUCUAGCUUGAUUAAAAAAUAAGACGUUUUUCUUCUCUUCCACAACAUGGCUUCUGCAAACUAUGGUCCAUCUGAAGCACAGUUCCUGUGCUCCAUCUGUCUGGAUGUGUUCACUGAUCCAGUCUCCACACCACGUGGACGCAACUUCUGCAUAAACUGCAUCAAUGAACACUGGAACACCAGCGACCAGAACCUGUGUCCAACGUGUAAGAAGAACUUCAUUACCAGACCUAAUUUGAGAGUCAACACCAUGUUCUCUGAGAUGGUUGUUAAGUUCAGAGAGUCUGCUCAGCAGAAAGCCAGCAGCAGCAGCUCCGAACAACAAGAGUCCAAACCAAGAGAAGUUCCCUGUGACGUCUGCACUGGAACCAAAAUGAAGGCCCUCAAGUCCUGCCUGGUGUGUCUGGUCUCCUACUGUGAGACUCACCUGGAGCCUCAUCUGACUAUGUCAGGUCUGAAGAGACAUCAGCUGAUGGACCCUGUGGAGAACCUGAAAGGCAGGAUGUGUAAGAAGCACGAUAAACCUCUGGAGCUGUUCUGUAAGAGCGACCGGACGUGUGUCUGCAUGCUUUGCAGUGUUUUAGACCACAAGAUGCAUGAUGUUGUUCCUGUGGAAGAAGAAUAUGAAGAAAAGAAGGUUGAGCUGAAGAAGACAGAGGCUGAAAUCCAGCAGAUGAUCCAGAAGAGAAGAGUGAAGAUUCAGGAGAUCAAACACUCGGUCGACCUCAGUGAGGAAGAUGCAGGCAGAGAGAAAGCAGAAGGUGUUCAGGUCUUCAAUGAUCUGAUGGAGUCUGUUGGAAGAGGUUUGAAAGAGCUCCUCAAAACAAUAGAAGAGAAGCAGGAAACCACAAAGAAACAGGCUGAAGCUUUCAUCAGAGAGCUGGAAGAGGAAAUCUCUGAGCUGAUGAAGAGGAGCGCUGAGGUGGAGCAGCUCUCUCUCUCUGAAGACCACCUCCAUCUUCUCCAGUCCUCAAACAUCCAUCAACCACCACCCACCAAGGACUGGACAGAGGUCAGUGUUUGUCCUUCAUCAUAUGAGGGGACUGUGGUGAGAGCUGUGUCUCAGCUGGAGGAGACACUCAGUAAAAAGAUGAAGAAGUGGUUUGCUGAGCUGAUGAAGGUCCAGAUGUUUUCAGUGGAUCUGACUCUUGAUCCUCAAACAGCUCAUCCUAACCUCAUCCUGUCAGACGAUGGGAAACAAGUGAAACAUGGCAAUGUCUGGAAGAAGCUCCCAAACAACCCAGAGAGAUUUUAUUAUUGGCUCUGCGUUUCUACAAAGCAGAGUUUCUCUUCAGGCAAAUUCUACUUUGAGGUUCAGGUUGAAGGAAAGACUGAGUGGUAUUUAGGAGUGGCCAGAAAGUCAGUUGACAGGAAGGGACACAUCUCACUGAGUCCUCAGAAAGGUUACUGGACUAUAUGGUUGAGAAACAAAUACAAUGCCUCUGCUGAUCCUUCAGUUGUUCUCUCUCUGAAGUCUCGUCCUCAGAAGGUGGGGGUGUUUGUGAACUAUGAGGAGGGUGUGGUCUCCUUUUAUGACGUAGAAGCUGCAGCUCUCAUCUACUCCUUCACUGGCUGCUCCUUCACUGAGAAGCUCUUCCCGUUCUUUAAUCCCGGUGAUAACAAGAAUGGUGGAAACUCUGCUCCGCUGAUCAUCUCUCCAGUCCGAGGCUGCCUGGGGGUUGGAGCUGAUGCAAGAAGAUGAGCACACGUUUGCCAGUUUGCAAACUACAAGGACGUCUCGGAGAAAAAAAUAAACAUCGACUAAAUUCAGAAGAGAACGAGCCGGCCGACCGUCUCUGUCCCAGAAUUACAGUAAGACCGAGAUACUCCUUGUGGCACCGGCACAUCUGUGGCAACUCAGUCUUCAGAGGAACUCACCACUCACCAGCCGUGUGUCGGCACUGUGGCGCCUCACUGACUAAUCAGCGGUCAGUGAGGCGCCACGACAGACACACAAUGUACAUGCUUUUAUGUUUCAAAAUGACAAAGUUUGUUUCCAAACAACUCAUGUACUAAACAUACUUAUUUGUAAAUACACUUAACCAUCUUCAAAAUGUUAA